CCAUGGACCUGGGGUACUUUGCCCUCGCCUUUCCGCCGGGGCUGUGCCGCGGAGCCCCGUGUCCGCAGCGAGGGGACGACGCCUCCCUGGGGCUGGGCACCACGGCCAGCGCCGCGCCACCCCUGGAGGCGGCGGGGUACGCGGCCGCCCCCGCGGCGGCGCCGGGCCCCGGCUGCCGGCCGUCCCGCGGAGCCGGACCGCCGGGAUACGCCACGUCCAUCCUUCCCGAGAGCGGCCGCUCGCCGCCGCAGGACUCCACCCGCCCCUGCCCCUGCCUCGGCGGGGGGCUGCGGGGCAUCUCGCCCUGCCCCUGGACCGCCCCCGCGCCCGGCUCCCCGGCCCCCGCGGCGGCCCCGGCGGGGCCCCGCACCUUCGAGUGGAUGCGAACGAAGCGGAGCCCGCCCAGGAGAAGCGGCGCGGCGCCGUGCGGGGGGGAACCUCCCGCCUGCCCCGCACGCACCAGCUUCAGCACCCGGCAGCUCACGGAGCUGGAGAAGGAGUUCCACUUCAGCCGGUACCUGUCGCGGGCCCGCCGCCUCGAGGUGGCCCGCUCGCUGCGCCUCCGCGACGCCCAGGUGAAGGUCUGGUUCCAGAACCGCCGCAUGAAGCAGAAGAAGCGGGAGCGGGAGGCGCGGGCCGCCCCCGCCGCUGCCCCGGGUGGCCCCGCCUGAGGCGCCGCCGCUCCCCGCGGAGGGGCCCCCGGGGGCGUCGGGGCUGGGCUGGAACCUGCGGCCGGCGCGGCACACGGUCCUUUCGUGCGGGACCGCGGCGGUGCAGCUCUGCUGCUUUUUUUCUGUUGCAACUUUAUGUAUAGUUUUAUUUACGAGGAUUCAGGGAAAGGUGUCUCGGUCCGGGCUGGAGCAGCGGGCGGGCGCCUCGGGGAGAUAGAGGGGAAGGUUCGCUCUCCCGGGCAAGGCAGCGAGCGGCUCCGCCAACUCCACUAGGUGCACAGGGAACUGUCCCACGCUCCUGACCCCUUCUUCGUUUUGCAUUUAAAAAGAGAGAUCCGUAGGCUCAGACAGAGUUGGUGCAGAAGAAGGGAAAAAAACCCUAGAAGCAGAGGGGAGCAGGAAACUUCCUCUCACGGGAGGGGGCAGGGAUGGCCACAGCUACCAGUAUGAGUCCAAGAUCACCUUUCGAAAAAAGUGUCCUUGUCUUCUGCCCUGCCCUUCGCAAAAUUGCUGCAAAAAAGAGUUUAUGCUUGUAUUUAUUCCUCAUUCAUUCUCGUCCUUUUCCCUGAUGUGCCUGAUUUAGUAAAAAAAUCUGUUUAAUAACUGUUGGGGAAAAUUUUAAAAGAAAAAAAGUCUUAGGAGGAGCACCUCAUGCCAUUCGAACUACAGAGGUGCUGGGAUUUUCCUUGCAGAGGCUCUGGGAGGCCUGGGACCGGCCAGCAGCCGUUCUGCUGACUCCCAGCACCUCUCACAUGUGCUCAAGCAAGAACACGACAAUAUAAAGCCUCUUACAAUGUCUAGAGCCAGACUCUCAGUUCAUCCAGCUUUCUCAGGCUUCAUUGUAUUUUAUGGUUAACAAAAUGCACUCUGUUAAAUCAGUUUGCAACAAAUCUUACCACAUACAAAACCUCAAGGCCUAUUAAAGUGCAGGAAGAUGCUUGGGUUUGACCACAGACUUCUGCCAGCAAAAGACCAAGAGGAUUCCUAGGUCUUUUACUUGGAUACUUGUUCAAAAAAGAUUGGCAAUGACCUCAUACAAGUGCAAAAUUCACCAGUGAUCCUCACUUCUCCUGAGUUCAUAUUUCACAGAGCUAAAAUAAUAGUAUCAAAGUAGACAAAGGAGCCACAUUUAGACUUUUUUCCCAUCUGUGACUGAGAAUGCGUAACAACAAUGUGGAGAGUAAUGAAAUCUGGAUUUAUGUGAGGAUGAUUUUAUUUAUUUGUGGACAAGUCUUUUAUUUUGGACAAGUCUCUCUUUCCUCAGGACUUCUGCUGGGUGUUGGAAUUUGGAGUGAAGAACAAAUUAUAGCAGCAGGGGAGAUGGACCUCAAGAGCACCUGUGAGAUGCACUGGGUCCCUGUCUGGAAGCCAGCACCAGACACCAAUAGCUGUUUAUCUUUGUUGGAUGCUUGAUGGGUAAAAGGAACACAAAGAGAAGAUGAAGAUGGAUGUCUCAAGUCAGAAAGUCUGCAAUGUGGGGAUACUUACUCUGUGUAAUGCUUUCCUUUCCCUCAGGCGCCCUUUCGCUUACAGGCUUCCUUACGAAGACUUCUCUUUUGCCAAGGGACUGGAGAGCCACUGCCGAUGGCAGCUUCAGCAGAGGUUGGUGGGAGCCCUGGGAAACUGCUCCCAAAAGCUGGGCAGACAAGUUGCGAUGAUGUUGUGCCGGCAGGUCCACAGCUGAGUGGGGUCAGGAGGCCUCCUAGGCAAGGAGUUGGGUGCCCCCCCAGUGAACAUCCGAGAGAAGGGACUUCCCCAGACAAAAGUGUUUGGGUACACAUCAUAUCCUGACUGUACCGGGAAAGGGCAGUAACGCUAGAGGCUUACGGUUUUGCAUGCACACAGGGACAUUUUCUUUCUGUCCAUAGUGUUUCAGUUCAUGUCCCUUGGGCUGAUUCACUUCAUGGGAUAGCCCUGAAAAAUUCUCAGGACUGAAGUACUUGUGUUAAACUAGUUGCAACCAAAAUAUGUGGUUUGCAGUUCUUCAUUGAAGUAAUGACACCAAACAAGCAUUUAUACUGCAGGCUGAUCAUUCAUUAAAAACCAGGAAAUAAAAUUUCUGCCGCCUUUUUUUUUUUUUUUUUUUUUUGAGAUGAUGGUGUUUAAAGCAGAAUAAAGUCUGGUAAAAUUCAUGAAAAUUCAUGUAAAUCAAAUUUGUUUUGCAAGCUGAAUAUUAAAAGCAAAUAAACUACUAACCAACCCUUUUCAGCUGUUUUUAAGGUACGUUUUUAC